AUGCCACGGAUAACAGUUGGGGGAGACGACGACCGUACUGCUGGUAGGGUCGUUAUUCGGACCGAUUCACGGCCCGAUGCCGUCACGGUGUACGAGAACCAAAUGUACGUGCGGCGCGUCGCCAAGGUCGAUCUUCCCGCCACGGUGACUGCGACGGGUGAGAAUCCCGCCGGGGACGACGCUGGCGGCACGGAGGAUGGGGACGACGUCCUGCAGCUGCUCUUUGCGAUGCCGCGGGACUUUGAACGGGACUCCGUGCAAGUCCGAUUUGACGAGCGCACCGCCGCCCUUGUCGUACUUCGUGGGGUUCUCUUUGAAAAGAACUCCGUCGAAGACGACCGCGACGCGGCAGCAGGAGACACGCAGCGGCAGGAGACGCAAGAUGAGCAGGCCAAAGGGAUCAUGAUGCAGUUACAGGAGGUGGAGCAGCAAAUUGAACUCAACAAAGUUGAGCAAAGUGCCGCAAGGGAUGAGGCGGAACUGAGCGCCCGCCUCUUUGCGCGGGCCUGCGGGCUUCUGUCGGAUGGUCUGGGGACGGCACUGGAAGUGGGCUUCUGGGAGGCGCAACUCGCCGGGGUGGAGAAUGCCACCGUGCACGCCAAUGAAGAGCGGCGGCGACUGGAAAAAGACGCGGCCAAUUUGAAGGUAGAGAAGGAACGGCUGCAGAGUCUUCUGCGUGAAACGUCAAGCGGAGACUCGGCAUCGAGUAAACAGACGGAGUCCGUGUGUAUAGUUCUGAAGGUCAAAGAGGCGGUGCCGCACGCGGUCGUGUACGUAUCGUACAUGUCGCCUGGUGCCUCGUGGCGUGCGGAGUACGAGGUAGUGCUGGACAGCCAGCAGCAGUUGAUGACGCUGCGCUACAACGCCGUUGUGCAGGCGACCGGGGAGGGCCUCUACGACGUUGCGCUGACACUCUCCUCUGUCGCUCCACGUCGUGGCGCGGCGGAACCGCAAUUGGAGCCGUGGCGCCUCUCCCCAACCUCACCGAAAAUCGAAUGCCCUCAUAUGUUGAUGUUGAUGAGCACGACGGAUGGGAGCGUCAAGGGCUCCGCGCCGUCCAUUGAGGCGGCGACGGUGUCUGAGACGAUGGGAAUGGUGAAUUUCACCGUCCCGUCGCGUCGCACUCUGCGUGGGGACGGCAGCAAACUUCGCGUCCCACUUACCGUCCUGCAGUGGAAGGCUGACGUGUCAUACUCGACGGUACCGUCCGUCACGGAGGCCGUCUUCGCAACAGCAGUCUGCACGAAUGCGGACGAAUAUCAACUUCUCCCAGGCGACGCCACCGUCAUGUUGGAUGGCAACUUUGUCGCGAAUACUUUUCUCACGCGUACCGCCCCUGGCGAGAAACUCAGCAUCCCAUUCGGCGUCGACAGCAGCAUUGAAGUUCGCCGGAAGCUGCAGGAGCGAUACACGACAAACAUGAAGACGAAUUUAUUUAACCGCGCGUCCAGGCAGCGGCUGCUGCUUGCAUACGCCACGACCCUCACAAAUACGAAGUCGCAGGAGACCGUCACCGUGACAGUGCAGGAGCGCAUCCCGAAGUCCAACGAACAGAAACUCACAGUACGCCUGCUGGAGCCGAAGACGGACGCGGUGGACUGGACCGACGAGCGGCAGCGGCGGCUGGAGGUGGACGGUGUGGUGGAGAUGCAAGUCGCGUUGAAGCCCGGGGCGGUCGUCACGGUGCCCUUCGCCUUUGAAGUGGAGGCCCCCAUUGACGCGCACAUCUACGGCCUGUAA